AUGAAUAUUUGGAAAAUACCACAACGUAAGAAUGAUGAAGUCAAUUGUAAAGAUACGGUGGAUCCACCCUCUGGACAAACUAUUGAAGAUGAAAACAUAACACACAAUGAUCACCCUAUACCUGUUAUCAUAGAAGAUGGAGAAGCUGGAACUUUUGAUACCAAUGAGGAAUCAUCACAUCAUAACGAAAGAAAAGACUUAAGUUUCUUAUCAAGUGCAAAUUUCUCAACAGAAUCCUUGGGGGAGACCACUGUCACAGCUAAUGCUUCCCAGAACUAUAAUAGUACCUAUAAUUCAUAUAACUCAAACACAUUCCAAUUUUCCAAUACUCCGAUGAGUCCACCUGCACCAAGAAGAUAUUCAAAUUCAUCGUUGUCAAACUCACCUGUAUUAGCACCACCAUCAUCUGCCUCACAUAAUUACAAUCAACACGGAACUAGAGCUAGACCCAAAUCUGCGUUCUUAAUGGACUCAAUCAACUCAAUAUCGGAAGAUGGGAGUGAAAAUAAAGCAUUUGCAUUUAGCAAUACAGCAAGGUCAAGAAACUCAGUUACAAUGGAUUCAAUACUAAACUAUACAAAUAAUAACAGAUCACCAUCACCAUCUAGGUCUACUUCACCGGUAAGAUUGAAUAAGCAUUAUAGAUCGAAAUCACCUAUACGAAGAUCUUCAUCACCUAAAAAAAUUACAAAUCCUUUUAAUUUUCAAUCUCAAGAAAUGUUCAUGCAUAAUAAUGGUUCAAAUCAAUCAUUACAAGUCAAACCAGCUCAUAGAAAAGGUCAUAAGUAUAAACAUUCUUCAAUUUCAAUGAAUUUGUUUCAAGAACCACCACCUCCUUCAAUAGCGGAUAAACAAUUAAAAGCAAUACCUGAUCUGUAUCCUAUACCCACAUAUAAAGAAGCAUUUGGAUCAAUCACUAAGAAUCAGAAAUGGAGACUUGUAUGGGCGAGCUCACAUGUUGUAUUAUCUAUAAUUGUAUUUGUGGUAGGAUUCAAGUUCAAAAUUAGUUCAUUAUCUACGGUAGCUCAUUUAGUAUUUUAUGAUUCAUUAGGUUCAUUAUUUAUUGUACUCGUUGAUAUCAUGUCGAAUUUUGAAGUAUGGAAUAAUGCAUCGAUUGCUUAUCCGUUUGGGUUGGAACGUAUAGAAGUUUUGGUAAGUUUUGCAUUAAGUGCAUCAUUAGUGAUGCUAAGUUUUGAUCUAUUUAGUCAUUUUGUUGAAGAAUUUGUUUUAACUUGGGUAUCUCAUGAAGAUCAUGAAAAUCAUGAACAUUUAAGUCAUCAUAUACACGAUGAACUGAAUCAUGAUAAUACAAAUUGGGUUGUUUAUCAAGCAAUAUUAUUCAUAACUUUAACGGUAUCUUUGAUAUCUUCAAAUUUUAUACUUGCCUAUGACAGAAUAAACGAGAUGUUACAAGUUAAUACAAACAAUACAAAGAUCACCAAUCCAUUCAAACCUGCUGAAAAGAAAAAGAAUCUCGAUUUAAUGAAAAUCAUAAAAGUAUGGAAAAAUUAUCCAACUCACCUCAUUACGAUCACAUAUGUUAUAUUUUUAAUGAUAGUACCAUUAAUUCCCCAAAGUUUUAUAAAAGAUUUAGCUUAUGAUGUCAAUAAAUGCGCUACAAGUCUAGUAGCUUCAUUAAUUUUGUACAAUGGUUGGUAUUUAGUCAAAUCACUAGGUGGUAUAUUACUUUGUUCAUUCCCAUAUUCGGAUUAUCAAUAUGAUGUUUUAAUUUCAAAAAUCAAUCAACAAAUUUUGUCAUUGGAUUUUUUCAAACAAGAUUUUGCAAUUGAAAAAUUAUUCAUUACUAAGUUUAGUUAUAAAUUAUAUGUUAUAGGAGUAAAUGUUAAAAUGAAAGGUGCCGAUUCUGAUGAAGAAGUAAGGAUGAGAUUUGAAAUUAAUAGAAUAAUUGAAAAUGAGGUUAAAAAAUUGGAUAACACUAGAGAAAGCAAUAUAGAAAUUACAAUCGACAUUGAUCGAUUUUAA